AUGUACCGGACGCCCCCGACAAGCCGUAAUCAAAGCCCGGACCGCAAAGACAACACCAGUGCUGUCCCGGAACAUCGAUUAAGCCGCUGGCUACAGCAGCUGGCCCCGGAACACGGAAUUCUACCAGAGACGACCAAGAAGAUCGUCAGAGAAGUUCGUCCAGAGACAACCAAGAAGACAGCCCCAAUAGUUCUGCAGCAGCCCAGGGAGCCACCGACGUUCUGCGGUUACACAUUUGAGGACCCGGAAAGCUGGCUGGAGACGUAUGAGAGGCUGCACUACGCCAUCCAAGGACUGCGUUCGGACGACCUUCAAAAGACCAUCAAGGCCAUUGUGCGCGAAGAACUGUGCAAGGUCCUGCCUUCGUCGCAGCCUCAAGUGGCCUCGAUCGCCAACAUUGUGAAAGAUGAGAUGCCCCCAAUGUCGACCGUGGUGAUGCAGCCCGACGGAACGCCCAGGUUUGCCGGCAUCUCGGGUUUCAUGUUCGACCUGGUCGUCGAGGCCAUGGGCUUCAAGUACGUGGUCAAGCUGCCACCCGACUACAGCUGGGGUGCUCGGGAUGGGCAAGGCCGAUGGGCUGGGCAGUUCGGCAUGGUGGUCCGCAACGAGAGCGACAUGCUGGUGGGCCCCGUGGCGCCCACCGAGGACAGGACGUCGGCGCUGGAGCCGCUUCCGCAGUUCUAUUACACCGAGGCAGGACACUGCGGAGGACUCACCAACCCGUACGUCACCAACGUGUUCGGAUACGUCAACUCCUUCGACGUCGAUGUGUGGAUCGGGCUGUUCACGGCCAUGCUCUUCGUGAGCUUCGUGGUGGCGCUGAUCGACGCCAGGUUCCACUGCACUCGCCUGGCCGUGGCCUACUAUUUCGCAUUCCUCAACCUGUUCAGCAUCUUCCUCAUGGAAGCGUCCGCCCGGGUGACACGUGGUUCCGCCAAGCGGUGGCUCAUCGGCACCUGGUGGCUGGCCGUGUUCGUGCUGGCAGCAGGCUUCACGGGCCACAUGAAGGCCAGCCUGACCAUGAAGGACCCGCGGGCACGCUACGACACCAUACAGGACAUCGUGCAGAGCAGGGACGUAGUGCCGGUCAUUAUUCGGGGAACCACCUACGAGGAGCGCUUCCGCGUAGGUGUCUACAAAACCCACUGUUUGCUUCUAUGUUUGUGGCGAAUUCUAUGCACUGCUCCAGAAAGCGUAUGCUGGGAGUAACACUGAGUUGCAUGCACCCACCUGAUUUUCACAAUUACGUUUGUUGCGGUGUUACUCCUUUACACUGAGCACGGUGGUCCAAUUUCAUGCCGAACACACACGCGACAUGCUCACUACGGCAGAAAAGUGACUUAUUAGGUACCUUCUCUCAGUAGCACUAACUGUCCUAUCCCUUGCGCCCUCUCCUGAUUUCCGCACCAGAGCGGGGCAACACAAGUUGGCCUUAAAUCAAAGUUCGUGUUGUUUUUAUGGAGUGUAUUUAAGACAAUUUGCAUACAUUAUUUUGGGGGGACAUAGCUGAAAGUGCACGUGCCCGAGAGGCUAAGCCAGCUUCUACAGCAAGAGCAGCAAGGUUCAUCAUAAGAACGCUACAACAGUGACAUUGUAUACAAUACAAAAGCUUCGUACGUUUGACCUGCUUUAACAAGAAAUUGAACCAAAUUUAAUAACGGACCAUGACUGCACGAAAAAAAAAAAUCUGCCCACCACGACAACAUCGGUUAUCACACAUCAGUGAUAUGAAUAUUUCACAACCUUUUUAAGUUUAGCAAUUAAGAUCACCUCUUUAGAAGGUGUAAAAUUACAGGGCAUUGGUUUAAAGUGUCUGGAAUGUGAUAACUUGGAUUUUGAUUGCCAUAGUUCGUAUGGGAACGAUGUUUGUAUGCUGAUGGUUUUCCGGAUGUGUAGGUGCGCGUUUUAGUAGAAUAGACUGUAUUUACUGAAAUAAUAAUUAUCUUGUUUACUUUACAUUGAUGUAAAAUAUAUAGCGUUCGUUUGUACCUGUACCUGCUUUAUUUCCAGCAUUUUGUACUUUCGAUGUGCGGCUUAGUGAUUUAAGUGACGCAAAACUUUCCUAUCGCUGUGAUUGAUUGUUUUUGGAAUAAUUUAGGACUGUAGGGCUUAGUUCGUGCUGUCGAACAGCGCAUUAAACCACAGUAGGUUAAUCGUGAGUGGACUAGUUCAUUGUAGAUUUCGCGUUUUUUAGUUAUAGGCAAAUAAUAUAUGAAGGUGGUAAAAGUUACAAUUUAGUAUCCUAAAUUGACGCUGAGCGAUAGAAUAUGGAGGAAACUAGAGAUUUUCGUGAAUUAAGACAUUGAAAACAAAAAGUUGUUGCGUGUUGGAUAAAAGUGUCUAGAAACCUUGAUCGAAGCUCUUUAUACCUGCUAGUAUUGAAGUGCAAGUACUAUGUUUCGUAAGGAUUCAAUUAAAUUUAUUUGAUUCUGACGAGACUCCUAAUUUUCCCAGCUACAUGUCUACUUGUUUAUCAAUUUCAUCUGUAUUGUAGCCUGCAAAGAAUGCAUUUGUGUCGUCCGUGUUUCAUAUUUUCACGGCCGUCACUAUUUACACUGUCUUUAUUAUACAGCAAAAAUACCAUUGGUGUAGGAUAGAUGCUCGGGGCACACGAUAUUCCACGUUAUUGAUUUGCGCGAAUUGGAACCAUUUAUAAGGGCACAUUGCUUUCUUGAAUUCGCUACAGGAACGCAGGUCGGAUAUCCUGGCGCGUCACUGAUUAAUUUUAGCUCCUUUGUAUUCUCUAACUAACCCUAUUGCAAAAACCUUCGAGGGCCCUCAAGUGCGAAACCAGCGCGUGUUUUGACACUGCACCGCACGCUGGCGCUCACCAUUGAGGUCGCUGCAUAGUGAGAGGUCGGUCUCACUUGACGGGUUGCUGGUUUCCCUGCUAUACACAAUGCUCAGCAGUAGGUGCGCUGUACACGCGCGGCCCUGUUGAUCUCGCGCCCUGGCAACUGUGUUGUGCCGCACGGGGAGUAACUGAACGUUUAAAAUUUCAUUGCCAGAUGUACAAUAAUUUAUGUCGUUAUCGCGCUGCGCGGUAUACCAAGGCAUAUCUUGAGAGCUUGGACUUGGAUGCCUUGGAUUGUAUUCAGGUUAGUUCUGCAGGUGUUGCAGAUAACCGGUAGGCUGUACCGCAGGAAUCCAAUAAAGAGGACCCUGUUCAGUUGCAGCAUAGAUCGUAUUGACACGUGUACUUAUCUUUA